AUGACGAAACAUGACGAUCAUGAGCAUUUUUCAUCAUUAAAUAAGGAUAUUGGGAAUGAUUAUCUUUUUGAUUUAAAUUUAAUUCAACCAAUUUUUAAAAAUUAUUCACUUCAAGAUAAUAAACUUCAUGGAAAUAUCUAUAAUGGAAGAUAUUUAAUUCGACCAUUAUCUCUUUCGGAUUAUGAUCAUGGUUAUAUUGAAUUACUUCAUCAAUUAACUGAAUGUGGUAAAGUAACAUAUGAAGAAUUUAAACAACGUUUUUAUCAUAUGAAACAAUGUUUAAAUACAUAUUAUACACUUGUUAUUGAAGAUAUGAAUUUAAAUAAACAAAUUAUUGGUACAACAACACUUGUUUGUGAAAAAAAAUUUAUUCGUCAAUUAGGUAUACGUGGUCGAAUUGAAGAUGUUGUUAUAGAUAAUAGAUAUCGUGGACAAUAUCUUGGAAAAUUACUUGUUGAUUUAUUAACAAAAUUUGCAAAUAUUAUAUGUAAUUGUUAUAAAAUAUCAUUAGAAUGCAAAGAUCAUUUAAUUAGUUUCUAUCGACAAUUAGGUUAUGAUCAUGAAGAUAAACAAAAUUAUCUAUGUCAACGUUUUUAA